AUGGCGAACAAGGUCUUUGCCGUGCAGAUUUUCUUCAUCGUGUUUCGAGAAUGUCUCGAGGCCACCAUCAUCCUCUCCGUUUUGUUCUCCUUCCUUAAGCAAUGCCUAGGAGGCCCUGAUCAAGACCAUGCUAUCUAUAAGCGGCUCGUGAAGCAGGUAUGGGCCGGCGCCAUCUCCGGCAUUAUCGUCUGCUUGAUUCUCGGCGGCGCCUUCAUCGGUGUCUUCUAUGGCCUGGGCAAGGACAUUUGGAGUAAGUCGGAAGACCUCUGGGAGGGAAUCUUCUAUCUCAUUGCCUGCAUCAUCAUCUCAGUCAUGGGCCUCGCGCUCCUCAGAAUCAACAAGAUGAAGGAGAAGUGGCGCGUCAAGAUCGCGCAGGCGCUCGCGCAAAAGACCAAGUCGGCCAAAAAGCGCACCCGGCUGAGCGGCUGGUCCAAGCGAUACGUCAUGUUCCUCCUCCCAUUCAUCACGACCCUGCGCGAAGGCGUCGAGGCCGUGGUGUUCGUCGGCGGUGUGUCGCUGAGUCUCCCUGCCACAGCCUUCCCGCUGCCAGUAGUGUGCGGGAUCAUUGCAGCCCUGAUCAUCGGCUUCUUCCUCUAUCGCGGCGGCAACAUGCUCUCGAUCCAGGUGUUCCUGACCAUAUCGACGGCCGUGCUUUAUCUAAUCGCGGCUGGCAUGUUCUCCAAGGCCAUUUUUUAUCUCCAAAUGCACGAGUGGAACGUGAAGACGGGCGGCGAUGCGGCCGAGUCAGGCAGCGGCGCGGGCUCCUACAACAUCAAGCAGACGAUCUGGCAUGUCAACUGCUGCAACCCCGAGACGGAUAAUGGAUGGGACAUAUUCAAUUCCCUUCUCGGGUGGCAGAACACUGGGACGUACGGGUCGGUGCUCAGCUACAUCAUCUACUGGAUCUUCCUGAUCAUCACGGUGGGCUGCCUUCUGUAUGAGGAGAAGACCGGGUCGCUGCCGCUCCAGAAGCAGAUCGUCUCGGUGCUGCUCCGAGUGCCAGGGAUUGGCGGGUAUAUUCGCAGGAAGCAGGAGGCGGCCAAGACGGACGUUUCGGAGGUUCUAGAGACUGUGCAAGCUGAAGGAAUCCUCAAUUCCAAGGAGGGAAAGUAA